AUGGGCAAGCGGAAGCAAUUGAAAGAUGACGACGUGGAAAUGGCCAACACAACCGGCGCCCUGGGCGAAAAUGACGAUAGCAGUAGCGAUGAAGAGAUGGGUAUAGUGAACGUUGAUUUUGAGUGGUUCGAUCCACAACCAGCAGUAGAUUUCCACGGUCUCCGGAAUCUACUGCGCCAGCUCCUGGACAACGAUGCGCAACUAUUUGACCUCUCUGCAUUGACUGACCUGAUACUGUCGCAACCGCUUUUGGGCUCGACGGUGAAGGUUGAUGGCAAUGAAGGUGAUCCGUUUGCAUUCCUUACUGUGUUGAAUCUGCAGCAACAUAAGGAUGUACCAGUUAUACAAGAUCUAACAAGCUACCUUCAACGAAAAUCCUCCUCCUCUUCCCUACUCUCCCACUUAGACAACCUCUUAUCACAACAAAGCGUACCAGCGAUCGGGCUGAUAUUGACAGAACGACUAAUCAACAUACCCGCCGAAGUCGUCUCACCAAUGUACACCAUGCUUCUGGAGGAGAUCGCCUGGGCCCUUGAAGAGAACGAACCCUACAACUUCACACAUUACCUAAUCCUAUCAAGGACGUACGAAGAAGUCAAAUCGAAACUAGAUGAGGAGGACCGGCCACAAAAGAAGAAGAAAAAAGCUGCAGAAGAGAGAAACGAUAUAUUCUACUUCCACGCGGAAGAUGAGCUGUUGCAGAAACACGCCUUAUGUUAUGGAGGUUACCAGUAUUCCCGCCAGCAAGAAGAGGGGGCGUCGGAUUCUAAACGGGCAUUUCAUGACCAUGGGGUGCGUCCGAAGGGACAUUUGAUUUUAAUAGAAGCUGCGAGGUUUGAGGCGGCUGUGACCGAUCUAAAGGAGUAUCUGAAUCCCUCCUCUUGA